AUGUCAAGCCAGAGCUCGUUUGUAAGUCUUCCAAACUCUAAUCCAUUCAUUUGGCUCAACGAACCCGCGAUAGAUGACGACAAUAAAAGUGAAGCAUCAGAAGCAUCGGAGUCUACAGCGAAUUCCUUGGAGAGAGAGGAUCCAAUGCGAGAUUAUUUGAAGGAGCAAAAGAAACUUAAGCCAAAGAAGAAAAAACACGCCGAUGAGACCCCUGAAGAACGCAGAGCAAGAAAGGAGCGAAAAAAAGCAAAAAGAAUAGCAAAGGAGGGUCGUGGCCAUCGGGCUGAAAUCACGGACCGUGGCCAUUAUUCAAGUCGACCAGAAAGAGGAACAAGGCGUUCUGCUUCCCCCCCAUAUCACCGCUCAGAUAAUAGACGUUCAAGAGAACGAUCACCAGUCACGUCAAAUCGCGACUCGCGUAGACGCCGUUCUAGAUCACCUUAUCGAGAGGAACGUGGUGCUCGUCCUUCCAAAGUGGAUGAUCAGUCGAGACAUCAUCGAGACUGA